AUGAGACUAAUCAACACCGAAACACUUACGCUGGAGGAAUUCAUUAGAAAGGAACUACCGCCCUACGCAAUCCUGUCGCACACCUGGGAUGACGACGAAGUGACUUUUGACGAGUUCAAGAAAGAUCCGACUUCAGCUCAAGUGCGUGGACGGAAAGGAUAUGUUAAGAUCCAGAAAACCUGUCAGCUUGCCAUCAAGUCCGGCCUGCGAUAUGCCUGGGUCGACACGUGCUGCAUCAAUAAAAGCUCGUCUUCGGAGCUGAGUGAAGCCAUCAACUCAAUGUAUCAAUGGUACAGAAAAUGCGACGCUUGCUAUGCGAUCCUGUCCGAUCUUGCCCUGGAGGGAGAAGAAACCUUUGAAGAAGCGCUUUCAAAAUCCCGCUGGUUCUCUCGCGGCUGGACGCUGCAGGAACUCAUUGCACCGAGAGAGGUCCAUUUCUUUGAUCGUUUGUGGCACGAGCGAGGCACAAAGACAGAGCAUCGAGCGAUUCUCUCGAAAAUCACAGGGAUCGAUACGGGCAUCUUGCAUCUGGCUACAACGGGACUUUCGAGCUUAGGAAAGCUGCUCAGCAACACUGCAGUCGCCACGAAGAUGCGGUGGGCGAGCAAACGACAGACCACGAGGCCGGAAGACGGUGCGUAUUGCUUGCUCGGCAUCUUCAACGUUCACAUGCCGCUUUUGUAUGGCGAAGGCUCGAAUGCCUUUCGUCGAUUGCAAGAAGAAAUCGCAAAGCGGUCUUCGGAUCUCUCCCUUUUCGCCUGGCAAGCAGAUGCAAACGCUUCAAGGUAUACCGGGCUGUUUGCACCUUCUGCUGCGUUGUUU